GACGUCAUAAGCAGCUCUGCCGUGUUGGAGCGUCCUGGUUACGUGCCCACAUCACUUUUCGUUCUUCCACAUCUUUCGCAUCUAGAGUUUGUUCACCUCACGAGAUGAUCUGAAACGGACGAAUGGCUCUAUGUACCGUAGAAGAUUAUCGAGCUAUGGAUCGCUAAUGUAUGUGACGGGGCAACAUCAUAUAUGACAUACCAUCCCUCGGCCUCCAUCGAAAUGGAUAAGAGGUGUUUAGUUAGAGAAGGGAAAUUGACGCGAAAUCCAAUGCGGAAGUGAAAGGCCAGAACGGACGGACCUCCUUUGUGCUUCCGCAUCUCUUUAUCUCGUCCAACUCUCAGCCAAAAACCACAUCGACGAAGAAGACGGCCCUAUUAGCCUCACUUGAAGAAGGAUUCUAAAGUAAUUUGUUAUUGAGUUCCAGCUAGUCCAGCAAAAUGGGAGCGUUUCGAUAUUUUUGGUACUAUGUGCUCGCGGGCUUUGGCUUCAUCUAUCCACAAAUCAUCGACAAAAAUGAUCCUUAUGAGUGGGCCGGCAUAUACGGCGUGAGGAGCUUCACUGAGGAAAUUCCUUUUAAUUACAAUGGAAAACACGAGACUUUGCAAGCUGAACUUUUCGAACCAGCGUCGCUGGAUCCCGAGGCAUUCGUCCUGUUCAUGCCUGGGUUUGGAGCCAGCUACACUGGCUACAUCGACUACUUGGAGCAUCUGGCAUCGCAUGGCUUUCUGGCAAUGGGGAUGGACUUUGCAGGCACCACGCUGACGAUUGACGGAGAACACGAUGUCAAAGCCUACCAAGCAUUGGAUGCCAUUGCAUAUAUUCGGGUCGUCUACCCGGAAUACUACGAUUUGCCAAUCUACACAGCUGGGCACAGUCUUGGCGGAAAGAUUGCAUUUUAUGCAGCAUCUUUAAAUGAAAAGAUUGACGGUGUCAUGGCAUUGGAUCCUGUCAAUGCUGGCGGGCCUCCCUGUGCCAUUUUUCCAAAGCAAUGCAUUGCUUAUCCGGUCGCUCCCAACAAUGAAACGGAGCAAGAAGGCAUCAUGAAGCAAAUUACGGAAGGGACCAGCAGUAUCAUAUUUCGAUCGAAACCAGAUCCAUUGACCAAUCCAGAUGCCCAGUUCAAUGCCGCCAACUUCUACUUUGGACUCGAUGGGCAAGGUCUGAACGCUGCACCCUCACCAGUCUGGUACUAUGACAUGGGAGAGUUCCCACAUGGCUUGUACUUGUCCUCGUUGCCAUCAAAGCAAGUCCAAAUCAUCAAACGCACCAUGGUAGCUUUUCUAGAGCAAGAAGUAUUGGGGGAGGAUUCAGGGGCCUACCUCACCGGCAGCAUAAUUCAGGCGGAUAUCAACGAUGGAUAUUUGGUUUCUGUUGAAAAUAGGUGAUGCCCUGCAAGGCCAGGAAAAUGAUGGUAAUCACCAAAAGUGUGCACGUGUGUUCUCAUUUUCUGGUCCGCCAAAGAAACUUUCCUGGAUAUCGUUAGGUGUGGCCGUGUUGCUCCGGUGGCGGGGAGAGGAGAUGGCUCAGAUUGGUUGGCCAGGCACUGCAUGUAGGUCACGAAGGAAAAAAUGUAUAUAUGGUUUUUUAAAAGAUAGUUCAUCAGGGAAAGAUUGGUCAG